AUGUUCCGCCAAGCACUAGCAUCGUCCACACGAACUGCUGCACGGGCUGCUGCCCUGCAGCGCGGCACCGUCGCUCAGGCUCGAUUCGCAUCUGGAGGAUCCUCUUACAACCAGCCCACCGGUCUACUUUUCGGCGAGAAGGUUCCCAAGGGCCAGAAGCGACAGAAGGAGGACUGGGAGAACAUGUACUACAUUGGUCUCUUCGGCGGCAUGGCCUUCGCAGGUGUUGUCCUCAUGUACAAGCCAGACACCAGCAUCCAGACUUGGGCCAUGGCCGAGGCGAAAAAGCGUCUCGAAUCGUCCGGCGAUGAGUGGCAGUAUAAGCCAUCGCCCAACUCGGGCUACCCCAAGGGCGUGUAA